GAUAAUAAUCUUUUUUAUCUUUCAUGUCGGUUAAAAAGAAAAGCCGGAAAUUUACAUAUUGGAGCGAGUGAGAGAGGGAAAGAGAGAAAAAGGGAGAUGAGGGAAAGAGAGAGGGAGAAGUUGACGAAAAAUGCUUAAAUAUGCCGAUGUGCUAAUCUCCCAAAUUAAAUGCUGAAUGGUGCUAAGAUUGCAUUUCGAUAUUCGUUUCAAUACUAAAUAUGUAUAGUAUGUGUCACAUAUAUUAUAGAUUUUCAAUACCGGCACUAAACAGCGAAACAAUAGUUUGAAUAUGUAUGAAAUCAUGACAGAGCCAAAAAGACCGUAACUCGAUAUAUUUAUGCUUCGUGUCUUCAUCAAUAAUUAAAUGCGCGACGACUCUGUGCGUAGUGCAUGAUAAGAAUUUUUUUACAUAUGUGUAUGUAUGUUUCAUAUUAAAAAAGUGAUUACGUCUGUUUUCAGAGUUGAAAUUAAUACUAAAUAAAACUAUUGACUUGAAUUGACACGAAUCAUUCAAGAGCGAAGUGGAGUCCUGUUCGGAGUGUUAAGAAUAUUUCGUCUUUUCAUAAUUUUUGUCUGUAUAUACACUAUUUGUGUCAGUCCCUUGCUAGACUAAAGCCAAAGAAAAAGAAAGAGGAAGGAAGGAGUAAAAUAAUAUUUGAGCAAUAUAAAUAUGGCAGGAACGAAAUCCAAGAAAGCAGGUGCUCUCGCAAAGCUCUAUUUAUUAUCAUAUAAUCUCGGACAAACUCUGGGAUGGAGUUACAUAUUGUAUCAGAUUAUACAAUAUUAUAUCAGUCCUUCCACUGGCAGCAGCUUGUGGGAUAAGAUUAAGCUGCCCAUAAUCAUUUUUCAGAAUGCAGCUCUGUUAGAGAUAAUACAUGCAGCAACUGGUAUGGUACCGUCUAAUGUUAUAAUCACAACGUUACAAGUUUUAAGUCGUGUUAUAGUUGUUGUCGCGAUUAUCCUGGCUACUCCUUACACGUACGCUGCUUCAUCGCCAGGUCUUCCACUAGCUCUUAUCGCGUGGUCUAUUACAGAAAUUAUUAGAUACUUUUAUUAUUUUGUAAAUCUCAUCAAUAUUGUCCCAUAUGUAUUAGUCUGGCUGAGAUAUACCACGUUUAUUAUAUUAUAUCCAUUGGGCAUUACUGGUGAACUGUUGUGUUUCUAUUCUGCCAUAAAAUACGCUACUGCUAAUCCUGACUCUUGGAGCUACACUCUACCGAACAAAUGGAACUUCACGUUUAGUUAUUUGUAUUUUCUGGUAACAGUCGUAUUAACUUACAUUCCAUCAUUUCCACAACUUUACUUGCACAUGUUUGCGCAAAGACGCAAAAUACUUAAUCCUGAUGCUGCUACGAAGAAAACACGUUAACUUAUAAAUUUGUAUAAUGAUGAUAAAUAUUUUGAUAUAUACAUUUUUAAUCUCUAUGAGGGAUUUGUAGAGAAAAUUUAUUUACAGAAAAGGAUAAAAGGGAUUUAUUAUAUAAUUUUUUAUUUAUAUUAUAUAAUUUUUAUUUAUAUUAUAUAAUUUUUAUUAUAUGAAAUAUAUUAUUGAAAAAUGGAUAUGCUCAAUGGUAAAAUAUUAAAUAUAUAUUUUGUA